CGAUAGGGAUUACAUGACUGAUGUUUGUCUGAUAACCUGAUGGAAUUUUGAGGAUGCGUGCUCCGUAACAUAAUUUGCACUUGAGUCUUUAAGGUUAUCAGUUGCGAAAGAGGUACUAUACCUUAUCUCACGCAGUGUAGGUUACAUACACUAAUGCCUUUUCUAAAAAUGUGUAAAUCAAAAGGCAGAUAUUAUUUUUUGUUUUGCCUUUGUCUUUGUUUGCAACUUCCGUUGGCCAUCACAUCCGCUUGCUAGUCGUUGCUGGACCGUACUGCAUCGAUCGGAGGCUGUUCAAACAAAUAAAACUCGCCGUUGUUUAUUUAAUGAUUGAUCUUCUCGUUCUGCUAUUAAGCGACAGAUGUGCCAAAAACGUUCGUUGUCAGUGAUUCACGUUUUGUGCGGUUUUUCUUCACAGAGACGAUCGGCGUUGCUGUGCUGUGUGUUUUCCGCCUGCACUCUCGUCCCGUCCGAGCACGAUGAAUCAUCCAGCUCUGAACGAUAUCUCGCGGGCCAAUCCGCAGUUGGAGUACGAAGUCCUCCAGCGUAUCGGCGGCGGGACAUACGGAGAUGUGUACAAAGCCCGUCGCAUCAACAGUGCGUCGCUGGCCGCCAUUAAAAUCAUCAAAUUCGAGCCGGGGGACGAUUUGAGUAUUAUUCUGCAGGAGAUCGUGGUGAUGAAGGAACUGAAUCAUGCCAACAUUGUGGCGUAUUAUGGUGCCUAUAUGCGACAGAGUCGCUUGUGGAUCUGCAUGGAGUUCUGCUCGGGAGGCUCUCUGCAGGAUGUUUACCAUGCUAUUGGGCCGUUGCCGAAGCACACGGCGUUUGUUAUGAAGGAGACGCUGAAGGGUUUGGCGUAUCUCCACCAAAUGGGCAAAAUGCACAGGGAUAUUAAGGGCGCGAAUAUUUUGCUAACGGAAGAAGGGGAAGUUAAGCUGGCUGAUUUUGGCGUUUCGGCCCAGAUUACAACUACGCUUAGCAAAAGGAAAAGUUUUAUUGGAUCUCCCUACUGGAUGAGCCCUGAAAUAGCCGCCGUGGAACGGAAAGGAGGGUACAAUCAGCAGUGUGAUAUAUGGUCAUUGGGUAUUACUGCCAUUGAACUUGCCGAAUUACAACCUCCGCUUUUUGAACUGCAUCCGAUGCGUGCCUUAUACCUCCUUUCUAAAAGCGGCUACAAACCUCCUCAGUUGAAAGAUCGAUUGAAAUGGUCGCAAGACUAUCAGAAUUUUGUUAAAUUAGCGUUGACCCGCAAUCCCAAAAAACGCCCCACUGCCGACAAACUGCUCGAGCACACCUUCGUCCGUCAAGGUAACCUGGGAUUUGCCUUGGGUCGUGACCUCAUCGAUCAGGCCCGGAAUCCGCGCCGUGGACCUAGCAGUGAGAAUGGUAGUGUCCACGAGCAGGAUGACGACGAAGGCGCGGUAUUGUCCAAUGUCCUUAAACGCAUUCCGUCCAAAAAGCCACCCGAUUCGUAUGGUGAAAACGGAAAAAACUCGCCCAGUUUUGCCCCGGUGCUCGCACAUUUCAGGUCCAAUGGGGAUCAGCGGAGCCCGGAAACGGUUAUUUUUCCUUCCUUGGGCGACAUUGAAUUAGGCCCCGUUUCCGAUGGUACAUUGGUGCGACCGCCCGCGCCUCCAGUACCACGACGGGUAAACAGUCCGGUGCAUAAUCAGCCACGGCCCGUCUCCACUCCUGUGCUACCAUCUCAGUUAAUAACCAACGUCGUGCGUACGUCCGAAGACGUUUAUCUAGACGAAGACGAAUACGGUGGGACUUUGCGGGUUGGCGGACGUCCAUCGAGCAUGGCUGGUCCAGAUCCUCAUUUGAACGCUGAAUGGAUAGAAGGUGAGGUUGCCGCUCCACCAGCGCCGCCACCGAGAAGAAAACAUCAGCAGAAGAAGCUACAAGAGCGACAGAAUAACAGUAUUCCAAGUUUCCAGGCCAAUGGUCUACCUCCGACGCCCCGGGUGCACAUGGGUGCAUGUUUUACCAAAGUUUUUAAUGAAUGCCCUUUGCACAUUAACACAGCCGUCUCGUGGGUGCAUCCGAUUACCCGUGACCAGCAUAUUCUGAUUGGAGCAGAAGAGGGACUGUACACGUUAAACCUGAAUGAACUCCAUGAGCUGGCCAUGGAUAUGCUGCAUAGUCGGCGCUGUACAUGGCUGCAUGUGCAUAAAGAUGUGUUAAUGUCCAUUUCCGGCAAAACUCCCCAUCUGUACCGGCACGAUCUGGUAUCGUUGCACGGGCGGAAUUUUAAUAAAUUCUCUUUAUCCAUGAAUAAAUUUCCUGAGAAGCUCAUGCCGAGAAAAUUUAUCACGUCGUCCAAAGUUGCUGAGACAAAAGGGUGUUUGCGGUGUUGUGUUGGAAGGAAUUCUUUGAAUGGAUCGAAAUACUUGGCAGCCGCAAUGCCAACCAACAUCAUUCUGAUGCAGUGGUAUGAACCAAUGAACAAGUUUAUGAUGCUUCGUCAGGUGGACUGGAUGCUGCCUUCGCCGUUCAAUACGUUUUAUAUGCUGAUGACGGAUAAGGAGUAUCCCGUAGUGUGCACGGCUGUUCGUCCGCUUAUCGGCGAUCCAGGCGCGCAGUUUGAGAUUGUGGAUUUCAAUCAUUCAUUCAUCACAGUGACCAAUACGGAAGCGUCGUCCAUCAGCAAUGCCUACCUGGAAGUAGUCAACAUGCACCAGAUCGACGAAAGAACAGUGGCUCUUUGCCAUGACAAUGUUGUGAAAUUGACAGAUUGUGAGGGACGAAUGAAAGAAGACGACGCAGUGACGACCAGUGAAUUUCAUUUUGAUUUUAUGAUUUCUUCACUGGUUUGCCUGUCGGACAGCAUUUUAGCCUUCCAUUCUCGAGGGAUGCAAGGAAGAAGUUUUAUGAUGGAUGAGAUAACCCAAGACAUAGUCGAUGAAAGUAAAGUUUAUCGACUGAUCGGUGCGGAUCGGCUAAUUGUUUUAGAAAGCAAACCGGCAGGCAGUCCUUCUGCUCCGGGAAACCUGUAUAUCGUAACGGGUCACGAAAAUAACUUUUAGAGAAAUCUGGUCUAUUUGUGUGGUUUUGGACGUUUUUACAUUUGUAUGUUGAUCCGGUUUAAAGUUUACAACUGUCGGGUAGAAUGCUCAUUCCGUGCCUAAUAGUAUGCAGCUUGUUCCUUUGUUUUCGAAGGUGAAUUUUGUAUUUACAAAUUAUAAAAAUCGUUCGUUGUUGUUGCUGGUUUAGAAGCGCAGUAGGUAAUAUUAAAUUAUACAACACCA